AUGAGCCUUGUCACGCUUUUGGGCCAACCGCAAGGCUCGGACGAUGUGUCCCGUUUCAUCACUUCUCUCUCGUCAGAUGGAGACGGAGACGUCGAGCUGGCGGUCAAGGAGUAUCCGCCGGUGACGUAUGCCAGCUCGCAGGAGCACGGCAUCUCGCUGCAGUUUGAGCAGGGCAGGUGCCAGGCCAUUGACCUUUACAACGAGGGCGCUGCAAAGGGCUGGAAGUGCUUCCCAAAGCUCCCGUGGACAUUGACGACAAGCGUAUCGGACAAGGAGCAGAUGCUGGUCAUAGAGGCGCAUACAACUGGCACAGAUUUCGUCAGCAUCCUAGGAGAACCGUCGAGAAAGGGCGGCGGUGAGCCUCUGCAGGGCGGUGGGGCGAGUGGUCUCGGGCCUGGGGCGUGGAUGGAAUGGCAAAAGGUCGCCCUUGCUCCGCCUGCCACGGUCAAGGUUGAUCUCAUGGUGGAGCUCAAAGGGCCAGACGCUCGCGGUGCCCAGCGCUGGGACAAGGAAAAGGGAGGCAAGGCGACAUGGGGAGUCAUCACGCUGAGCUUGGCGUCGUAA